AUGGGGAGGAGUGGGGUUGGCAGAGCGCCGCUUGCGCUGCUGCUCUGCUUCAGCUGUGUUGUUGCGAGUGCUUUUGGGAGGGAAGUGGGGGGCGAGAAGGGCAGGGAGAAGGUCUUGUGGCCGACCAAAGGUGGCGGCUUCUUCCCCGGUUUCGGGAGGGGUUUUGGCCUCGGCGGCGGAUAUGGUGGGGGUGGACUCGGUGGUGGGAGUGGGCUUGGCGGCGGAGGGGGCUUGGGCGGUGGCGGACUUGGUGGUGGUAAUGGCCUUGGAGGUGGCAGCGGUCUUGGUGGUGGUGGUGGCCUUGGAGGUGGCAGCGGUCUUGGUGGUGGUGGUGGCCUUGGUGGCGGCGGCGGUCUUGGUCGGUGGUGGUGGCCUUGGAGGUGGCGGAGGUCUCGGUGGUGA